AUGGGGCCUCUCCAUCGCCAUAGAUCCUCACUUGAAGGAUUCAUUGAUCUUUCUGAGAGCACGUGGCGUCCAUUGAGCCCUAUUGAAAGUGACAAGGCUAAGGCCACUUUUUACGAUAUCAUCAAUCACUUCGAAGACUGCUCGAGCUCAACCGAAGAGAAAGGAUAUAAUCAUACCAAGCUGGUUCGCUUAACAUAUGAAUACUCCCGUUCGGACGAUCCUAGAUGCCCUUUCCUACAGGAAUUCCUCAGAUUUAUCAAAGUUGCGAUUGACGACUGUAUUAAUUUCAAUGAUGAAGCAGCGGUGGAAAGAAUCCGCUCGGGCCUGAACUCGUUUGCAGAUUUCUUGGUAAAUGACUUCUUUCUCCCUCUCAAGGCGUCUGCCACCAAGACGCCACAACCCUCGCCGGCAGGAUCCUCCCAAGCCCCGAGCAGAUACUCUGCUCUAGAGUCUAGAGAACGAGUGGCCUCGCUUAGACGCGACUGCCUGAGUCAUGAUCGACAUCGUUGUGUGAUAUCUCGUAAAUUCGACAAGAAGGAGGCUAAGCAACGUUUCGACCAGAGUGGACGCCACCACGCCUUAGAUAAUAACGGACUACCUCUCAAGGACCUAGAACGUGGGUCAUUUGUGGCCCUUGAGGUUGCGCACAUACUCCCUCAUUCCUUAAAUACCACGACAGCAAACUCUGAACUAAAUCAAUCCAAGGCUUUCGCACGGCAAAUACUGGAUAUGUUCGAUACAGGGGUUGCUAGUUUGAUCGAUGGUGUAGACAUUGAUCGACCUCUUAAUGCGCUGACCUUGGAGAUGGACCUCCAUCAAGACUUUGGCAACUUUGAGGUUUUUUUUGAGCCAAGACCUGGGCCUCAUACUUACCGGAUUGAUUCAACACUCGACCAAGCGUUGAAAUAUCCUGUUCUUCCUAUAACGCGGCAAUUAUUCUUGACUCCUGAGCGAACGAUCGAUCCUCCACACCCCCGGCUUCUUGCCGUUCAUCGCGCAAUUUGCCUUAUCUUACAGCUUAGCGCUGCUGGGAAUUAUAUCAACCGCAUACUUCACGACAUAGACGAAGGGGCUAUAGAAGCCGAUGGCUCAACUCACCUGGCUAGCUUAGUGCGUCUGAAGCUAGAUGGUUGGUGGGAUGGCACUGUUAUCAGAUAA